GAGCUGUUCCUGCUCAAUUUGAGUUAACUGGGUGUAAAAAGAUGGCAGCAGGUUGUUGACAAGAACAACACCCUCUCUGUUUAUAAACUGGCUUCCAAAGAGAAGUUCAAGAAUAAGAGAGCGUUUGGAGCUCACAGGAGGUCAGUUGAACUUGCAGCUGCAUUAACGUUAUAAAUGGAGAGUUUGUCAGGACUAUAAACUGAAAGGAGCAUCACGAUUGUAAAGAGUCUUUGACUUUAAGACGUCCUCCUCAACAGCAACAGAUAUCCAGAUGACGCUGAAGGUGGAGGGUGAUCCAGGCUAUGGCAGCAUGUCUGCAGGAUGUCGAUUCACGGGUCUGGAUGACUCAGAGACGGUUCCCCUUCUUAUUCAAGACACCGAGCUAAGCCAGCACACCUGGAGGCCGCUGAACAAAGAAGAGCUGGAGAAGUGCGCAGGUGGACCAGGAUGGAAAAAGUUUCGUUCUCGUCUGGUUCUGGCCUUCUGGGUGGGUUGGGUGAUCAUGCUGGGAAGUGCAAUCACAGUGAUCGUUCAGACGCCGCGGAUGGUGACUCCUCUGCUGUUCUGGUGGCAGAAGGAUCCCUUCUAUCGACUGCAACCAGAGCUCGCUGUGGAUCCAGAGAACGGGGUGUCUAAGCAGAUGUCGUACCUGAAAUCACUGGGGGUCGGGGUCCUGAUUCUGGAGGGUAAGGAGGUCUCCCUGCCGAACCUGACGCAGAUUGGUCGAGGUCUAGGCACUCUUCCACAAUUCAGACAGCUUAUGACAGAAAGUCGUAAAGCAGGUCUGAGAAUAAUGUUGGACCUUUGCGAAAUGGCCCCGUUUGAACCAGUAUUGAGCAAUGACACUGAGGUUCGGUCAGUUGGUUCAGGAUACAUGCAGGACUCCCUAAGAUAUUGGCUGGAACAAGGUGUGUCAGGGUUUGAAUUCUGCGACACAGACGUGACCUCUGUGAAGGCGAUAAUGGAGUGGGUUGUCCUGAUGCGAGAGUUCAGUUCACAAGAUGACGAAAGAAUUUUGAUGGUGAGGCAAACAGGUGUCACACUUCCAGAAGUCACUAUGUCCAAUCUUGUUAACGGUUCACUGGUGAAGAUGGUUACAAAAUCAUUGAUUCCACCAUCGCAUCAUCUGCUGUCGGCUCCUGAAUUGGCUGAAGCCAUAGAAACCAAUCUGCAGAUGCCACAAGAAGACUGGCCAAGCUGGACUGUCGGUGGAGAAGUACCCUGGGAGCUGCAGAGAACGAUUCUCGUUCUGAUAAUGACUUUACCUGGAACUCCCAUCAUCAAAUAUGGAGAUGAGAUUAAUCCAAUACAGAGUUUGGAUGAGCUCGGACGUCCUCUCGCUUUGUUCCGUUCUCUGAGUCAGUCACGUGCCCGUGAAGAGGCUCUCCGCUUCGGCAGCUUCAUCUUCCUCCCCUUCAACACCACCAUGUCUUCCUCCACCCUCAAUGCCACAGCCACUCCUCCUCUAGCGUUUCUGCGCUCAUGGGGCUGCGUUCAAUUCCUGGUGGUGUUUAAUUUGGGACCUGAAUCCCACGCUAUUGACCCGGAGUGGGCUCGGAGUCUACCUGAUAGCGGGGUGUUUGUUACCAGCACUGGUCUUGACCGACUGGGCCCUGUGUCUCUUCAGUCAUUAGAACUGCAGCCACAUGAGGCCAUUGUCAUAAAACUUAUUCACACCGAUAACUCUUCCUGAGAUGUUCAUGUAAAAGGCUUGUGAUUGGUUAUAAAGUCCAAAUUUUUGUAUUAACUGGAACCGAGAAUACAAUGGUAUGAUUGGUGGUUUAAAAUAUUAUUACACUGUGUCUACACCGGACCCGACAAGCGACGCGACCAGUGUUGACAAUAUUUGAAAUUAUAAUGGGUUCUAAUGCGUUUCUAAAGUCUUUUGUUGUGUCAUGUCUGUUAUAUUAACCAAAAUAUUUAAUUACACUGGGUGAGGGAUGGAGGGUUUUGGGUAA